UUUUUUUUUUUUUACUUACUUACUAGUUAUGGUCUUGGACGCUAUCUCGUUGUCCGAAGAAACUUUUAUUGCGAUAUUUGGUCAUUUGACAAAUCCCCAGUUAUCAGUCGCAUCAACUGUAUGUAAAACUUGGUCAAAAUACGCCCUUGCACUUCUUUAUCGUCGGAUUAGUAUAAAUACAUCUCCCAUUUGGUCACAUUUUCUUAAAUACAAUUUAUUUCAAAAACAUUCUUCGAAUUGUAAAGAAUUAAUAUUAUUUUCAAUUAUUAUUUCUUCUUACGAUAAAUUGGUGUUACUUCAACAUACAAAUGAUCUAAAUCAUAUUGCUUUAUUAAAAUGUCAUAAUUUGGAUGAAGAUUUUCUUUCUGAAUUAACUAGAAAACAUUCAAAAACUUUGGAAAAAUUCACUUUGUGGGGUCCUCGUACUUUUGAGUCAGGAGCUACUCCACUUAAUGAUAAACUCUUGAACCCAUGUUUAUCAAAUUUAUUAAAUGUAAAACAACUUUCUAUAUGCGCCGCAAAUAUAUCGGACCAAUUCUUAUUAUUAAUCGUUUCAACUUUAUCGAAUUCGAGUAAUAAUAAUUUUUUAUCUUCUUUGAUCGAAUUAGAUUUAACUGAAUGUUGGAAAAUAUCUGCUUUUGGUGUAGCUGAAUUAUUCUCUCCAAAUCAUUUAUCAUCUUUAAGAAAACUUAAAUUACAAUAUCAUGAAGAAAAUAAUAUAGAUGUGGAAUUUUUUGAACUUUUAGGAAAUUCUUUUCCAAAUCAAAAUUAUGAUUUUUUAGUCACUAAAAAUUAUUUAAAAAAUAAAGUUUUAACAAAAUUUGAUAAAAUUUGUAGUGAUUUAGAUACUUUAACAAAUAAAUAUUCAAAUGUUUUGGUGGAAAAACGUGAUAAUGUUUGGAUGGAUCAUGAAUUAUUAGAAAGGUUUUUCUAAAGUUGUGAGUAUAUUACGAGCGGAGAGCAUAUAGAUAACGAGUAUAUCGGGGAGAGCAUACAUCAUUAUAAUAUGAUCGAGAAUAGAAUGAUAGAUUAUUAUAAUAUGUGAACAUAGAUUUAUUAGCGAUUCAGCAUAGAUUAUUAUAAUACCUGUUAUUGUGAUUUGUGAGUAUAGUGGGUAUUACGAUUAAUUAUAAUCGUUACAAUCGUUAUAAUCGUUAUAAUC